UUUUCCUUUUCUCCGUACCAACUUUUCUUUAUUUUUCUUCCCGAGAUUUCAAUUCUUGCCCGUGUGUAUUAGUCGCUCUCACGAUUGGGGGCGACGCUAAUCGCGGUGCCACCACUUCCAAUCCACUCUCGCGGUCGCCGUGCCGAGCUGUUCCUGCUCUGUCUUCAACCACUCCAAGAUUUGUUCUUUAGACGCCUGCAGCUUCGGUGCGCAGGGACGGAGGAGAGCUCGGGACUUGGUUCAGAGCUUAGGAUCUUUGUCGGUACGCGUCUCCGCCAUGUUCUAGAUUCAGGUUUCGAUUGGUUUCGUCUGCUCGGCUGACUGGGUUGUAAAUUUGGAACUGGAAGGAAGAAUUUGAGCACAGAUGGGCCAGUGUUGCAGCAGAGCUACGUCCCCGGAUUCUGUCCAAGGAGGAGCCAAUGGCUAUGGCUAUUCUCACCAGCCAAAACAAGCACAAACACCUCCUAGUUACAACAAUGCUCAGCCACCACCACAAGCUGAGGUGAGGUACACACCGCCAGCGAUGAACCCUCCUGUAGUCCCACCUGUGGUUGCCCCCUCAAAGCCCAUGCCGGACACGAUUCUCGGCAAGCAGUACGAGGAUGUGCGCUCUGUCUACUCGCUUGGCAAGGAACUUGGUAGGGGGCAGUUCGGGGUGACGUACCUUUGCACUGAGAUCAGCACUGGCAGGCAGUAUGCUUGCAAGUCCAUAUCCAAGCGCAAGCUCGUGAGUAAGGCCGAUAAGGAGGAUAUCCGCAGGGAGAUCCAGAUCAUGCAGCACCUAUCUGGGCAGCCAAACAUAGUGGAGUUCUGUGGAGCAUACGAGGACAAGGGCAGCGUGCAUGUUGUAAUGGAGCUCUGUGCAGGCGGGGAGCUGUUUGAUCGGAUUAUUGCCAAGGGGCACUACUCAGAGCGCGCAGCUGCUACAAUCUGCAGAGGAGUUGUGAAUGUUGUGAAUGUUUGCCAUUUCAUGGGAGUGAUGCACCGCGAUCUGAAGCCGGAAAACUUCUUGCUCGCGACCAAGGAUGAGAAUGCAGUGCUCAAGGCCACUGAUUUCGGGCUUUCGGUCUUCAUUGAAGAAGGAAAAAUGUAUAGGGACAUCGUUGGAAGUGCUUAUUAUGUUGCUCCUGAAGUCCUUAGGAGAAACUAUGGUAAAGAGAUAGAUGUUUGGAGUGCAGGUGUUAUUCUGUACAUUCUUCUCAGCGGUGUUCCUCCAUUCUGGGCUGAAACUGAGAAGGGAAUAUUUGAUGCUAUUCUUCAAGGGGAGAUUGACUUUGAAAGUCAGCCAUGGCCAUCAAUUUCUGAGAGCGCUAAAGACCUUGUGAGGAAGAUGUUGGCGCAGGAUCCAAAGAAAAGAAUUAGUUCAGCCCAAGUUCUUCAACAUCCAUGGCUCAGGGAAGGAGAAGCAUCAGAUAAACCUAUUGACAGUGCUGUUCUUUCUAGGAUGAAGCAAUUCAGAGCAAUGAAUAAACUGAAAAAGAUGGCUCUAAAGGUUAUAGCUUCAAAUCUUAACGAGGAAGAGAUCAAGGGCCUGAAGCAAAUGUUUAUGAACAUGGACACAGACAACAGUGGGACAAUCACAUAUGAGGAACUCAAAGCAGGACUAGCCAAACUUGGAUCGAAGCUCUCAGAAGCUGAAGUAAAGCAGUUGAUGGAUGCGGCUGAUGUGGAUGGCAAUGGAUCAAUUGACUACGUUGAGUUCAUAACAGCAACCAUGCAUAGACACAAGCUCGAAAGAGACGAGCAUUUGUUCAAGGCGUUCCAGUACUUUGACAAAGACAACAGUGGCUUCAUUACAAGAGAUGAACUGGAGACUGCUUUGAUUGAGCAUGAAAUGGGCGACGCGGAUACCAUAAAGGACAUCAUAUCAGAAGUCGACACAGAUAAUGAUGGGAGGAUUAACUACGAGGAAUUCUGCGCUAUGAUGAGAGGAGGGAUGCAGCAGCCAAUAAGGCUCAAGUAGUCUUUCCUUGUAGAAAUGGUGUACCAUUAGCAACUGUUCUUGGUUCCUUUUUUUUCGCUGCUGCACGGAUGAGAAGUUCUCUUUGGCGUUGUUGAGAUGAUUGUGUAUAUCUUGUGGCCUUUUGCUCGUGCAUGUUGUUCCUCAAGUGUUUUGGACCUACUUUCUUCUGUAAGUUGGUUUUUGCAAGUACAUCUAAUAAAAGAGUAUUUUUGCACGUCAAA